UCAGACAAAGUGAGUGGUGCAACGAUGGUUUUUCUUUGCCAAGAGCACUUUAAAUCUAAGAAUGAAUUUAUCCUUUCUUUUCAGUAUCUUCUGGCAAUGGUUUACACCUACUUUAGGAGAGCCGAACUGGCGAAACGGGAAUUUAACCGAAUGAAUUUCUUCAUAGCACUGUACUUGGCAAAUGAUAUGGAAGAGGACGAAGAAGAAGAAAAGUACGACAUAUUUCCUUGGGCUUUAGGAAAGAACUGGCGUGACCUGUAUCCGAGUUUCCUUCAAAACAGGGACAUAUUCUGGAGAAAGAUCGGCUACCGCGCUCUUGUCAGCAAACUAACCUGUGAUGAGAUCAUGGCUAUUGUAUCAGACCAUCCAGUCUGGCGACGAACGAGAAGAAAUCAUCACGGUGGAGCGUGGAGGGACUACCUGAGGGACACAAGUAACGACUGCACAAGCCCAAGAGGUCCAGGAACUGCCCCUUUUCAGUGUUCCAAAUGCGAAGGAAAUUCACCAAUGCUGACCUCUGACUAUUACAGCUGUUCCUCGCAAUCUUCAUCUGAAGACGAGAACACAACCUCAAGCUUUAAUAUGAAAGAUUUGAAAACUGUGCUCCAGAAAAGCAAUAACAAGAGGCACUGUCAGGAGAACAAAAAUCACACUGGUGGAACUGCCAGACAAACAGCGCAGUAGUCCCACAAGAAGACUCAACUGUUUUUCUUUUAUCUAGUCUCUCAGUUCUAAU